AAAAGGUGUGUCCCACCCCAGCAGAAGUUGCUCGAUAUCACCACCCCAACUUUGGACCUCCGCCCAAAAGCCUUCCCAUCUGCUGGUGAGGGAUGCCUGCAGCUGGGAGUGCCUCCCAGGUGGCAAAACGCAAGAAUUUCAACGAAGAGGAAACAGAGGAGGUGAUUCGGUACCUCCUCCCUGGCAGCAAGAACGGGGUUUUGCGGUAUGGUGCGUUCAAGGAAGCCGGCGAGAAGUUCGGCUGGUACUGGGAGACGAUCAAGAGGCUGUGGAUGAGGUACGAUACGCAGCACAAAGCGGGGGUCGCCAGUCCACAGAUUGAUAACCGACGCAAGGGAAAUAGCGGGCGGCAGGGCAUUCCCCUCGAAGAACUGAAGGAGCGCCCGCGUGACAUCCCGCUGAACGAGCGCACCACACAGCGCCGCUUGGCUGCGGCGCUUGUGAUUCCCAAAAGCACGCUGCACAGGAAUCUCAAGGCGCUCGGGCUGAGGGCGCACUCGAACGCCCUCAUCAAGCCGUACCUGCAACCAGCCUCCCAACAGCCCUGACACCAACAUCCUGAACCUGGGCUUCUUCGCGUCAAUCCAGUCCCUGCAGGACCGCUACAAGCCCAGGACUAUCGACGAACCUCGUCGGCGAGGUCGAGACCGCGUGGGAGAAGGCGUCGCCGGACAAGCUGGGCAAGGUGUGGACUCUGCUCCAGGCUUGCUUGGAGCAAACCUUGCUCUGCGGCGGGGACAACACCUACAAGGUCCCUCACUUGAGCAAGGACAAGGCUGCACGGGCGGGGACGCCCAUCCCACUGCGGUAGUACCAGAUCUCUGAGGAGGCGUGGGUCAAGGGCACAUCGUCGCUCGCGGCGGUAGAGGGACAAGGAGGAGCCGCGUAGAAAGGGACGGGGCGGGCGGGUAGUUCAUUGCUUUUCGGUUUCACGUUUUUGGCAGAAUAUCGUGGACCUGUAGCAGGAAGGAGCACCGCGUUUAGCGCGUUGUUUAGCGUUGGCCAUUCUUUUUGUCCACGAAGUUAGGCAGACGAGGCGACGACAGAUUGUAAACGUACAGCAGUUGUUAGUUAGUUAGUUGUGGCGGCCAUGGUGUUUUAAGAAGGAGCAAGUACAUUUGGACAUGCUGUGAAGAAUGCAUUGGGCUGUGAACAAACAACGGGGUAGUCUAUGAGUGUUUAACUUGUGCGAGCACUACUGCUGUAACGCGACGUUUUAACACCCCAAGGGCGGAAACUGAUUCCUGCCCCGCUGCCAUGAUGUUUAUUGGGCGGUAAGAUUCGCCGUUUGGUAUCCGAUGGUUAGAGGGGAAAAGGAGUUGGGAAGAUUCCUGCGGGGGAAAUGAUUGAUGAAAGGAUCUCUUUUCCCGACAGGUCAAGGGUAUACCCUGCGCCUUUCCGGACGCACCGAGGUGAAAUUGGGCGCUGACCAGUGAUAUGAGUGCAUUUACUGCUGUUCAUGACUGUGUACCCAGGUGGGUCGCUUUUCGACCAGGGUAUACCCUGUUGUGUCGUUUUCCCUAAAUAAUACCGUAUCAUCGUAGUCCUUCCGCGAUAUAGUCUACAAGCUGGUUCUUCAGGGAAAUGGACCAAAAUUUAUUCAACCAUUCCUGCCAGACGAAANGGGGAAAAGGAGUUGGGAAGAUUCCUGCGGGGGAAAUGAUUGAUGAAAGGAUCUCUUUUCCCGACAGGUCAAGGGUAUACCCUGCGCCUUUCCGGACGCACCAAGGUGAAAUUGGGCGCUGACCAGUGAUAUGAGUGCAUUUACUGCUGUUCAUGACUGUGUACCCAGGUGGGUCGCUUUUCGACCAGGGUAUACCCUGUUGUGUCGUUUUCCCUAAAUAAUACCGUAUCAUCGUAGUCCUUCCGCGAUAUAGUCUACAAGCUGGUUCUUCAGGGAAAUGGACCAAAAUUUAUUCAACCAUUCCUGCCAGACGAAAUUUGUACAUAAUGUUGACAAACGCAGUAUUAUAGUGACCCCCACGAGCAAAGGAACAAAUUGUCGUGGCCGGGGUUUUUAUUUAAGGCUUCGCUAGGAAGAUAUGGGCUAUUACGUGCCUCAGCCAAUGAGGAGCCUCCAAAUAUUUCGAUGAUAUGCAGGCUUUU